AUGUCCGAGGAGGAAAACACUCCUGACGAAGAAGGUGGUGAAGAGGAGGACGAACCAGCCCCCGAAGUCGCUGCAGGGUCGUCUGAGCCAGAAGAGGAGGAAGUCGCCGAAGGUGACGCUCCUUCAGAAACCCCAGCCCCCACUGCAGAUUCUGGCGGCCAACCUCCCGACAAACCCCCUGAGGAUAAGAAGCCGGAGGACGAAGACGAAGGGGAAGAUGACGAAGAUGCCUCCGAAAAGAAGGGAGGCAAGGUCACUCUGCCCGCCGAAAGUUCGCCCAAGGAGGUCGGAAAGGACAUGAAAAAGAGAAAACAUUCCAUUUCCGCUCAUCUCCAGGCCGAAAUCACAAAGCAGAAGAUCCUCCGAGCAAAACAGGACAGAGAAAAUAGACGCGCCGACCUUGACACGCAUCAUCUUUUCCUCAUCGAAACAGUCGCCUCUCAUUUAGACCUCAAACCCAAGGAUAUUGAAGAAUUCGUGAUUGAUGCGGCCGAAUAUAUGGCAAUUUUGGCCAGUUUCUUUGACAAGAAGGGGAAAAAGGGGGUCGUUUUCUGCUACCAGGAUGCCGACCCACCCGGACCCGAGUCUGGUCGUCCAGUCCAACAACCCACGAAAAAGGAGAAAAUGAAACGUCUCAUGGUCACGGAUGGGUCGGACAUUCCAAUGAAAGGAAUCUGCAUGUAUUUCUUCCGGACCGGACAUGAACACAAAAUCACCAUGAAAAACAUAGCGGAUGAAGUCUUCUUCGGAAUUUUGGACAUUCGUGACCCCGACGAACCUGGAAUUGUGUUGGAAAGCGUGCACCAUUUAUUGAAAAAUAUUUACCUCAAACAUUUGAAACUUAAUUCCACCUGGAUUUCUGUAAGUGAUCCGGAAACUGCGGCAAAAAUUAGGCUCCGAUUUUUAUCCAGUAUUGACCACUAUGCAGAAUUCCUGUUUGAUUCCCGUCACGACAUUGCGAGUCGACUCGACCUCCGCAACGUUUCCGAUAUGGAUGAAGUUUUCCAGACAUAUUUAAGAACCGCGGAGGAAGUAAUAGAAGCCUCAAAAAAUCCCGACAUUGUCGCCAAAGUCGAACAUACGGUGAUCAUGUGGUGCAAAAAUUUCGAAAAAGUUCUCGCCAUGUCGAAACAAAUGAGGAAAGAGACCGACACGAUGGGUCCACUCGCGGAAUUGGCGUACUGGCGAAAUCUUAUGGCCAAAAUGUGCUACAUUAUCCAACAAGUGCAGCAAAUCAAUGUUCAAAACUUCAUUCAAGUUUUGAUCCACUCAAAGUCUCGAGUUUUGAAGCGUUGGAAGGACGUUGACACGAGGGUGACCGACGAGUAUCACGAAGCCAAGGAUAAUGUCCGGUACAUGUACGCGUUGGAGAAAUUUUGCACGCCGCUUUAUCAGGUCGACCCUCCCGGAAUGAUUGAGCACAUCAACAGCAUGAUGUACGUGAUAAGGACGAUCCACACGACGUCGCGGUAUUACAACACGUGCGAAAAGGUUACCGCGUUGAUGGUCAAGAUAAGCAACCAAAUGAUUGCCUCGUGUCGUCGCUACUUAACGAAAGACGACACCGUCACGGCCUGGGCGCAGGAUAAGAAGGUCAUGCUGGAUAAGCUGAACAAAUGUAUCGAGCUCUACGACGUUUAUCGUAGCGCGUAUGAAGCAACCAAAGAAGAAUUGGCGGACAAUCCGGACGGAAAAAGGUUUAAUUUGUCCGUGAACAAUAUUUUUGGACGGUUUGAACAAUUCUGUGAGCGUUUGACGAAGAUUAUCCAAAUCGUGGAAAUCUUCAAUCUCUACACUCCCAUUCACGACUCGCAUAUUGACGGCCUCGAUGAAAUUUCCACGCGCUUGAAGAACCUCCACAAACAAAUUUUAGAGAAGACGUAUGACCCCUUCGAGUUCAGAAAGCCGUUCUUCGACACGGAUUUUGUCCUCAUUCGCAGCACGAUUGACGACAUUCAAGAAAACUUGGAGAAAUUUAUGGACCAAUCGAUCGAAGCUUGUCCGACUUGUAUGCAUGGUUUGGUUUUACUGGAGCGGUUUAAAAACCUAAAAAAUCCUUGUCUCGACAUCGACGGGAGAAAUUGGUACCUUUUUCAGUUCUACCACAACGAAAUUGAGCUAAUUUUACAGAUCUACGAAGCUGAAAAGAACGAGACUCCAAUCCCCCGUGGAUAUCCACCCUUUGGGGGAAAAAUUGCGUGGGCUCGGCACCUUUACAAACGCCUCGAACGUCCCAUGAAAUGGUUCGAAGAAAAAACCUCCAUCCUCAAACGGGACGAUGCCCGCCCCACGAUCAAACUCUUCAACGGAACCUGCAAGAAACUCGUCCUUUACGAAAUGCUCGUCCACGAAAGUUGGGUCAAAACCUGCAACUUCAUCUACGACGCCCUUGAAGCGCCCAUUCUCACCUUGCGCGGCACCGUCCGCCAAGAACUCGUCCUCAACUUUGACCCUUUCUUCCGCCAGAUUAUCGAUGAGACCGAAAUCAUCCGAAAACUCGGCCUCGAAGUCCCCGACAUUGCGCAAGUCGUGUACUACAAGCAGGAAAUGAUCUUCCACACGUACGAAAGAAUCAAAGGUUUGCUCGAGCGGUUUUUAGUCAUCAAGCAAAAAGUCCCGCAAGACUUAUCCGUCCUGAUGAGACCGCUGCUGAAAAAAGUCGAGAAAUCUUUCAUGCCCGGAGUGACAAAUAUUAACUGGACUUCGCUCAAAGGGGAGGAAUAUUUCGACUACAUUGACGUCCAUCAGAACGAUUUGGAAGGAAUUGUGAAGAAAACGCAGGAAAUAUUGAAUCUUCGAAUUAACCAGUUUCUCUACGAGAUUUCGCACACGUUGAUGAUCGAUUUUCCGGAAGAUCGCCCCAUGACGGUGAACGACUAUAUGGAAAUUAUUAAACGGUACGGCGUCGUCGUGGCGAAGGAUUUGGAGUACAAGUCGAGAAUGUGUGAGCAAGCGGUGGUCGAGUUGAUUAAUAUGUUGCUGAGAACGUGCGACAUGCCGACGCCGGUAGAGUCCCCGACCUUGUGGUUGAAUGCGAACAUGCCAAUCCCUAAUUUCAGAGAGGGCGAAAUCAUCGUAGAAAAACCCCCCGUCGAUCCCUCCAUCCAAAUGAAUACGAUGACGAAAGAAGAGCAGCAACACAUUUACGAAGAGAGUCGCAACGUGUUCGGAUUCUAUAAUCAGAAAUGUAUCGAAGCUCUGCAAAAAACGACGAGAAUCUCGCUCGACAUUUUACGCCAAAGGACAGAGGAGCCACAAGUGUCGAAACGAAAUCCUGGCAAAAUUCUGAACCGUGUCCCCGUAUUCACGGCGGAUUUGAUCCUCACAAUUCCCACGAUUCAGAUGAAACCGCAACUCGGCGAUAUGCAACAGCUCCUCAAUCGAAGCAUCGUUUUGAUCACGGAGUGUUUGAAACGUGUGGUCAUUUGGGGGCAGAGCAGGCGCACGUCGUUCGACAACAAGGCGGCAGACGCGUAUUAUAAGGACGUCUCAAAGUUGGAUGAAGCUGGAGCGAAUCCGUAUCCACGAUUGCAACCGGCCGAUGCAUUGUUACAAACCAUAAUCCCCCUCGAAAAUCUCAACUCUCGCCUCAAAAACAGCUACAAACCCGUCAUGGACUACAAAGACAUAAGCAAAAUGGUUCUCAUGAUGCAAACCGUGGUCCUCCAGGCCAAACAAACCGUACAAAACUUAAUCUACCAAUACUCCCAGUACAACUUUCUCUGGAAAGAGACGCGCGACGAGGAAAUCAAAGACAUCCUCGAAACCGACCCCGUCAUCACCGAGGUUGAAGCCAUCAUGCGGAGCUAUCGCGAAUUAGAGGACGAAAUCGAAGCCAUCGCCCCCUCCCACCGCGUCGGCCCGUUGGAAGUCCUCACCGCCGAAAUGAAGAUGGGUUUCCUCAUGGAAGUCAAAGAAUGGAAAAAUUCCCUCUGUCGCCAAAUGAGCGACAAGUACAAAGUCAAGGCGUUAGAGAUUUCCAAAUUCAUCGACGAAGCGAGCAAAGAUCUCAACACGCCGUUAAAAGAUAUGAACGACAUCCGCUUCGUGAUGACCGCGUUGGCAAACAUUCGCUCAAAACAGGUCGACAUUGACGUCGGAAUCAUUCCAAUUGAAGAAUGCUACACGUUUUUAGGGAAGGAAAAGUACAAAAUUCCGGAAGAAGAGUCCAACCGGGCGGACACGCUGCGCUACAAUUUCAAUCGGUUGCAAACCCGUGCCCUCGAAAUGCACGGACAGAUUUGCAACCUGCAGGAAAACAAUAAGAAGAAAUUGUUCGAAGCUAUUGCAAAAUUCAAGAACGAUUUGGCCAACUAUUACGCCAAGUAUGUCAAGAGUGGGCCCAUGGUGGAGGGGCUCGCGGCACAGAAUGCAUCCGAUCGCCUCGUCAUUUUUCAAGACGAAUUUGACGAACUUUGGGAACGUUACGUUAUGUUUAACGCGGCCGAAAAGCUGUUUGGCAUCAUUCCCACGGAAUAUCCCGAUUUGAUGAAGUUACAUCGGGAACUUUCUCUUCUUCAGAAACUUUACGGGCUUUAUAACGACGUCAUGCGGGCGGUGAAUGGAUACUACGAUAUAAAGUGGGGAGACUUGAAAAUUCCGAAAAUUUAUGUGGAAAUUCACGAAUUUCAGUCGAGAUGUAACGCCUUGCCGAAAGCGCUGAAGGGCUGGCCGGCGUACGAGGCGUUGAAACAGGUCAGAAUUAAAUAUGAUUAA